AUGACUCACGAUAAGGACGAGCGGGAACCAGAACCGCAGAAUACGUUCACGCGAUGGGUGAAUAAUCACUUGAAGAAGGUCCCGGAGCAGAUACAGAAUUUGGAAUCCGACCUGUCCGACGGGCUGAAACUGAUCAAACUCGUUGAAGUUCUCGCCCAACGACAUGUCGGAAGAUAUUCUGCCCAGGUCAAAUUCCGCCACCAGAAGCUGGAGAACGUCUCGGUGGCGCUCAAUUUCUUGCAGAAAGAUGAGGGAAUCAAGAUUGUGAAUAUUGAUUCCUCGCAUAUCGUUGACCAAAACAAGAAGCUGAUCCUCGGGCUCAUCUGGACGUUGAUCUUACACUAUUCUAUUGCCAUUCAUAUGGAGGAUGAUGAACGCCCCGAGCACGAGCCUGACAAGACGCCCAAACAGCGUCUCCUCGCCUGGGUCCGCAAGAAGCUCCCCGAAGAUGUGCCAGUCACAAAUUUCACAAAUGAUUGGAAUGACGGCCUUGCUUUGGGCAGUCUCGUGAAUAGUAUCUCACCGGAUUCCCUCUCCGAUUGGAGACACUGGGAACCGGAUGAGGCACUCGAGAACACGAGAAGGGCUAUGAAAGCCGCUUCGGAAGAUCUGGGCGUGGCACCUCUAAUUACACCCGAAGAACUGAUCAAUCCGAACGUGGAUGAGAAGUCGGUGAUGACGUACUUGGCGCAGUUCCCGCAGCAGUUGAAAGAGCGCAAAAAGGCGUCGCUUGAAGCCGAGGUAAAACCGCCGCUCCGAAAGGGCAAGCUUCAACAAGUCGAACCUACCGUAAUCGCGGGAAGACCCGCAGAAUUCCGUGUUUACAUGCCGACUGAGGAACACCGUCCAAAGGUAUCCAUCGUGGAUGCGGAGGGCGGCGAUGUCCACUUUACGCUCACCCGCAUCCCGGCGACUACAAGCUACACCGGACGCUACACCCCACAACGGGUUGGCCCGGCCAAGAUUUCCCUCGCAACCACCUUCAUCCCGACGGGCGAGAGCAUCGCCAGCGACUCGGCCGAGGUGGACGUGGUCGAGGAUCCGGAACAACCCCCAGAAUCCCCUGAAGACCUCAUCGACAUCUCAAAGCUCCGAAUCUACGGUCCCGGCGUGGAAGGCCCCGUCUACAGCCAACAGCCCACCCACUUCACCAUCGACGCCAAGCAGGCCGGCCCUGGGGCUGUUGAGGUAGCCCUCGCCGACCGUAACGGGCGUGCGGUGGACAUUGACGUACUCGACAACCAGGACGGCUCCUUCACCGUCAAGUACACCGCACCGAAGCCGGGAGCGUAUCAGCUAAACGUCGUGUUCGCCGGAGUGGACGGCCCUCCGAUCGAGAUCAACGUCAAACCCCACGUCGACAAAGCCGGAAUUCGGGUAGAGGGACUGGAAAAUGCGCUUGUGACGGUGAAUUGUGAGAAGGAGGUGCACGUGUUCACCUCUGACGGCGAGAACACACGGAUACUAAUUACGGCCCCAUCUGGACGGGUUGUCGAAGCAUUGAUCGAAUCGACUCCAACGGGAUUUCGAGUGCUGUUUACACCAUCGGAAAUUGGAGACUACUCAAUAUCGGUCACCUAUGAAGAUUUACCAGUCGGCCAACAACCUCUACUACUACACUCUGUACCAAAAGCCGGUCCAAAUGCUUCAGAAGCAGAAUAUGUGGUCUCCCGCUCGGGUCCUCCCCGUGCAGAUCUCGUUCGAAUAUCGGGUCCAGGCCUUGGCCCCGUAAUGGCGACCCGUUCAACGCAUGUCCAUAUCGAUGCAUCGGCCGCCGGUUUCGGAAAUAUCGAUUUAUUCGUUGAUGGCCCUACUCGAACCCCGAUCCAUUGUGUCGAUAAUCAUGAUGGGACAUGUUCCAUGUAUUACGUGCCGAGGGUACCUGGAAUGUAUUGGUUGAGAGUGAUGUUUGAAGAUCAACACGUACCGGGAAGUCCUUUUCAGGUGGUCGCCUGUGCGCCGAUGCUCUCAUCCCCAAAAAUAAUCCCGGACCGCGACAAAACAGCCAGCCCAUUCCCAUCGUUAUCUAGCGAAGAAGUCCUCAGCGGCCACGUCUCGAAUAUCCGCGUUGACGUCGGCAGAAACGUAGCUCAUGCUCAGGGCCUCCAACUCCUCGCCCAUCGCCCGAAUGGAAAAGUGGCUGCAGUCCCUGUGGAGCAGAUCGAUGCCUCCAACUACAAAGCCACCUUCCAGGCCAAUGAAUUGGGGGACACACGGUUGGAGGUGCUAUUUGAUGAGGAACCAAUCUGCUCUGGGACUUUGAAGGUGAAAGCUGGCCAAGACGCCUCGAAAUGCCGAGCCCACGGGCCAGGACUUGAAAAGGCUACGGUGGAUCAGCCAGCAUCUUUCCAGAUUGAUACACAGGGAGCCGGCGAUGGCGGUUUGGCCCUGGAGAUCAGUGGCCCGACCGAAGCCGAGACCGAGGUGGUCGACUUCAAGAAUGGAAGCUGUGGAGUGCAUUACAUCACCCGAGAACCCGGACAGUAUAGAAUCGAUAUUAUGUAUGGGGAUGAGAAGAAGCAUAUCCCUGGCUCUCCCUUCCACGUCCAAUCCGAGUAUCCACACGACAUCUCGCAAGUCCACGUCGAAGGCCUGGACUCUGGAGAACAUCGUGUUGGAGAUGUGGCGAAAGUGGUUGUGGACGCCUCGAAGACGGCGCCCGGGAAGAUCACGGCUAGUUUGCCGGCAGGCCAAUCUCAACCCGUCGUCCAUCCGUUGGAACAUCGCGAAGGAGCUCACGUUUUUGAAAUCUCGCCAAAGGGACAACCCGGAGAAGUGGUUCCGCUGGAGAUCCGCUACGAUGGCGAGCCCAUCCCCGGCAGCCCAUUCCCUCUCCGCCUCCUCGCCGAAUCCGAACCCGAAAAAGCCCGACUCGCCCCCCUGGAGAGCCGAGCCGAAAUCCCGGCCGGCCAACGAGCCCAUGCCCUCCUCGAUACAAAGGACUGUGGAAAAGUUUCUGAUGUCACGGCGGCGGUUACGGGCCCGGAUGGUCACCUUCGCCACGUCGACGUCGUCGACAAGGGCAACGGAUUGCAUGAACUUGGCUUCGAGACCGACUUGGCUGGGACUUACCCUCUGGAAUGCUUCAUCAAUGGCCACCCAGUGUCCGAACAUCCGUUGAACUUCUACGCGACGCCGGUCGGGAAUCUGGAUGAUGUCCGGAUAAUCGAAAAACCAACGGACGCUGAGUGGUUGAUCGGCGAGGAAAAGCGGAUCAUCCUGGAAAGAAGAGUACCAAGACCAGAAGCCCGAGUCGCACUCCUAAAAUCGCAUCCAGAUUCUAUUCACAGUCGUGUCGUUCAGAAGCAGGUCGACGGAAAGAUUCAGGAGCACAUCCUCGUUCGACCGACCGAACUCGGAAAGCAGACAGUGAACGUCAUCUAUGGAGGGGAUUUGGUGAAGGAUGGAGAUGUGGCUUUUGAGGUCGUCUCCGAGCUGACCAAACCGAUCCCGGUCCCCAUUGAGGUGAAAAAGGAGGAAGAUCAGAUCAAGCUCAACAAAGCCAAAGAGCUGGAGAGCCAAAAGCUGCACAAAGAAGAGCCCUUCUACCCAAGCACCGCUGAAAAGUACCAAUUCCUUAGUGAACAACGAGCCCGCGGAGAGCAACUUUUGGCACCCCUGGAGAAAGCUGGCCGCCUUGAGAAAAGCCGCGACAGCCUCAUCGAAGCCAAGGAAAAUCUUUACUACGGCCUCUCCAAGGAGGUCAGCUCGCCUUCUGGAGACAAGGAAUUCCUGUUCAACAUCGGCUCUCAUAAAGAUCAGAAAUUGGAGGCCGAGGUCCUCACCCCACUCGGCACCAAGGAUAAGGCCGAACUCCAUGACCUCGGCGACGGCACUGUAGCAGUACGAUAUUCGCCUAAAUCAGCCGGACCACACGAACUUGUCGUCAAGAGUGAUGGCGUGCCGCUUGCGGGAACACCUCUAAAAUUCAACGUCGCCUCGAGUGGGGUGGGAGCACCAACUGCCUACGGUCCUGGCUUAAUCUCGGCGGUGGCUGGUGAGCCGGCUGUGUUUGAGGUCGAUUCGAAGGGUACGCACGACAAGGAAUUGAGCGUGAGCGUCGAGGGAGCUAUGCAGGCACCAAUUUCGAUACAGGAUCAUAAGAACGGCGUCUGCUCGGUAACGUGGACCCCGCCAGUCGCCGGCGAGUACAAGGUGUACGUGCGAUUGGGAGGAAAAGAAGUAGCUGAUUCCCCGUAUACCGUACCCGUCGUUGCUCAUCGCGACGAGAUUCUGCAUCUGGGGAGCGCUUCUGAGUUCUCUCUGAACGUCUCCACGUCGGAGGGCCCUCUCAAAGACCUGACAGCGACGAUCAAGGCCCCAUCCGGUCAUGUCGAGCCGUGCAUCGUGCGAUCAAUUGAGAAUGGACGAUUGGGCGUAUCCUUCACCCCUCGUGAAGUCGGCGACCAUCUGAUCCACGUCUACCGCGAUGGGCAGCCGAUUCCGAAGAGCCCCUUCAAGAUCAAGGUGGAUGAAAGCCAGCUCGGCGACGUCAGCAAGGUACGACUCGAGGGCGAUCGAAUUCACGAGGCAAAGCUCGACGAACUGAACGAAAUCCUCGUCAAUACCAAGGAAGCCGGUUACGGUAGCCUGGCCGUCUCGAUCCAGGGCCCGUCGAAAGCGCAGCUCUACUGCGAGGAGGUCGAGCCUGGGCUAAUCGCUAUUCGAUACCGAGUACAAGAGCCCGGCCACUACAAGGUCAACGUCAAGUUUGCCGACCAGCACGUGAAAGGAAGCCCAGUUUCCGUAAUGUGCCCCGAUGCUACGAACGGCGAACUCCGACGGGUAAAUGAAAUGGAAUACCAGGCUGCUGAGCCAGUCGUCGCUUCCGUCGGUGAAGAGGCGAGCAUCAGCCUGAAGCUCCCAAAAACGACCUCGCCUGCUGAUGUGACCGCUAGACUUCUCGCGCCCGGCGGCUCCGAGCUGCCCGUCUCCAUCUCACCCGGCACCGACAACGCCUACGCCCUCAGCUUCACUCCGGAAGUCGAUGGGCAGCACACGCUGCACGUCUACAACAAAGGGAAACCCGUCAUUGGCUCCCCGUUCCAUUUCACGGUUGGCGCACUGCAGAAGGGCGACGCGAAGAAGGUACGCGCUACCGGCCAAGGAGUGCACAGCGGUGAAGCCGGUACACCCAAUGCCUUCACGGUAUACACCCGAGAAGCCGGCACUGGAAAGCUGGCGGUCAGCGUCGAAGGGCCAGUCAAGGCCGAGAUGCACUUUCAAGAUCAGCAGGACGGCAGUUGCCACGUCGAUUACACCGUCGCUGAACCGGGUGACUACCAAGUGUCCGUCAAGUUCAACGAGGAGCACAUCCGCGAUUCACCCUUCCACGUUCAAAUUGCGCCCGCUUCAUCGACAAAACAAGCGAACGGCCACCACCUGGAAGAAGCCAACAGCUCCUCGUCCGGGCUGACCGGCGAGGCAUCCAGGGUCCAAGCCCACGGCCCGGGCCUUCACAAGUUCACCGUCGGCAAGCACGCCUCGUUCAACGUGGACACGGGGUCUGCUGGUCCCAACCUAUUGAUGGUUGGCGUAGUCACAUCGAAAGGACCCUGCGAAGAAGUCGUCGUCAAGCACAUGGGUGCCGGCCAUUUUGUCGUGAACUACAAGAUCCACGAGAAGGUGCGCGGGCUCAUCUUUGUGCGAUACGGCGACCGCGAAGUGCCCGGAUCCCCAUUCCCGAUCGAAUCCAAC